GGGAGCGGCAAUCCGCGCCCCCCGCGCCCCGCCGCCGCCCGCAGCCGCGCCCGCCGCCCCGAGCCGGAGGCAUGGUGGUAGUCACGGGGCGGGAGCCAGCCAGCCGUCGCCCGAGCGGCGCCAUGUCCAGCUCCGAGGCCGAGGACGACUUCCUGGAGCCGGCCACCCCGACGGCCACGCAGGCGGGGCACGCGUUGCCGCUGCUGCCGCAGGAGUUUCCUGAGGUUGUCCCCCUUAAUAUCGGAGGGGCCUACUUCACCACGCGCCUGUCCACCCUGCGGCGCUACGAAGACACCAUGCUGGCAGCCAUGUUCAGCGGGCGGCACUGCAUCCCCACGGACGCUGAGGGCCGGUACUUCAUUGACCGAGAUGGCACACACUUUGGAGACGUGCUGAAUUUCCUGCGCUCGGGGGACCUGCCGCCCCGGGAACGUGUGCGGGCCGUUUACAAGGAGGCCCAGUACUAUGCCAUCGGGCCCCUCCUAGAGCAGCUGGAGGACAUGCAGCCACUGAAGGGCGAGAAGGUGCGCCAGGCAUUCCUGGGCCUCAUGCCCUACUACAAAGACCAUUUGGAGCGGAUUGUGGAGAUUGCCCGGCUGCGUGCAGUACAACGGAAGGCCCGCUUUGCCAAGCUCAAGGUCUGUGUCUUCAAGGAGGAGAUGCCCAUCACCCCCUAUGAGUGCCCGCUACUCAACUCCUUGCGCUUUGAGCGGAGCGAGAGUGACGGGCAGCUCUUUGAGCACCACUGUGAGGUGGAUGUGUCCUUCGGGCCCUGGGAGGCCGUGGCUGAUGUGUACGACCUGCUGCACUGCCUGGUCACAGACCUGUCGGCCCAGGGCCUUGCCGUGGACCACCAGUGCAUUGGGGUGUGCGACAAGCACCUCGUCAACCACUACUACUGCAAGCGCCCCAUCUACGAGUUCAAGAUCACAUGGUGGAUUAUCUUCUCACAGGGCUGGAAUGCAGAGUUCAAAGGCUCCUUUUGAAGAUUCUCUAAGUCAUGCAGGCAAGAUGCCUAGGUCUUCCUUUAUCUCUGAAAUGUAACAUCCUUUGUAGAGGCUGGAGCACCUACUUGGGUACUGUUUUGUGUUAGGAUCCAAUUUGUGGUGGACUUCUUUGGAAGGGAAUCCUCUCUUUAAACCGCAUUGCUUUAUCCUGCUAAUGUUCUCCCAGGACAGUGUCUGUUCUGGAGAAGUACAGAAGGGCUGAGUGACAGGCACAGCUACCCUAGGAGCUACAGGAAGACAGCAGCAGCCCCCGCCAUGUUUUGCUCCCCAAAACAGGAGGAGCAAGAUGUGCAGGCGCUGUUAGCACAGCGUGCCUUCCUGCUCUGCCUGCAGCCUGGGCGCGAGUCGGGUGUGGACGCGCAUCUCCUAGGGAAGAGCCUGCCGCAGUGCCCACCCAAGUGCAGCACUUCUGCGCCAAGGGCUCUUCUCUGUACUCAGGAUCGUGUUCUUGGAGGGAGGUUUUGUCUAUGUAAAGAAUUGGUGAGCACA